GAGCUGCCCAGGAAGGAGACAUUGAAUCUAACCAAGACUGCAAUUUCAGCAAUGAUGGGGAACUUCUCAAAUGAGCCUUUAGUUCUGCUCUGUUUACUGGUUGCAGGAUCUGCUGAGGAAUACUCAACUGAAGAAAAAUUGAAGUAUAAAUUUUGCAAAAAUUAUGUGCAGAUUGGACAUCUUACAGGAGACCUGAAGCCUAUGACAUUCUGGCAUGUGGACUGUCACGAUCAUGGUUACUUUUCUGUUGGAGACAUAGCUAUACAAAGUAGACGUACUCCUCAUAAUUGGGCUGUAUUGGUGAAGGAUGAGAAUAAUGGUCUUCUUGAACAUCCUAAAGGUUUUAGAGAAAUCUGGAGAAGUCCAGGCAGUAACAAAUUCACAGUGUUUGAGAUGGAUUGUGAACAUGGGCUUAAAGCCUUAGGAAAUGUAGUUGUUAAAGGCUCCAGUCAGUUUCCUGAUCUGCAUAGUUACAGAUGUGUCAAUGAAACUGUGUUAGUAAGAGGAAAAGUUCGUCCUAUCUGGGAAGAGAUUGGCAUUGGAAGACGUACAGAGAUUGGAGUUUGGGAAGUUGUAAGAGAUCCUGAUGUAGCACCAGGUCACAUACAUGUGUGGACUUUUAUAUUUGGGAACAAUCACAAUAUUCAUGCUAAAACUGUCUACGCUUUGAAUCAGAAUAAAGUCAUGAGCGGUGAACACACAUCUGUCCAGUUCAAGAAAAAGACCGAUACUGUAUAUGAUGGCUUUGGACCUACACAGCCAACAGGAAAACCUUAUAUUACUCUUAUUCCUUGGCCUGUUGUAAGUUCUGGACCCGUCACCACUGAUCCAAGUACAUUUUGAAUGACAAACCUGAUGGAAACUAUGCUUACCUAGCAGAUCCAUACAAAUAUUAUACUUGCUCUAACAGACAUACAGUACUCAUGAAUUGCCCAAAAGGUCUGGUCUAUAAUGCCACCAAGGAUAUGCACAAUUGGCCAAGUGAUUUGAUUGUAGAUGAAUUUUGUAAAGACAAACCUAAUGUUAAUUACAGUUACCCACCAGAUCCAGAGAAGUACUAUGCUUGCCUCAAUGGGAACACACAGCUCAAGAAUUAUCCACAAGAUCAUAUUUUUAUUAACUUUGAAUGCCAAUGUAGUUGGCCACGCAGAUGGUUGUAAAAAGAAAUAUGGUGGUAAUCAUUCUUACUUACAAGAUUAACAUAAAAAUUGCAUUUGCUUAAUGGGUUCUGACAACUGCAUAGCCAGGAGAUAUUCCUCUCAACGGUGUGGAAUAUAAUAUCAACUAAUUAUCCUUAUCCAGAUAUAUGUAAUAUAAAUGUUACAAAUGUGUUAGAAAAAACAUACAAUUGUCAGUUGGACUGAUAAAAUUGCACUAAACCAUUAUUAAAAUGCAGGA